CUCAGGUGACAAUGUGACAUUCUCCCUCCCCGAUCUUCAAUCCAAACCCACACUCUCUCUCUCAAACACAAUGGCUGCCACUCUCUCCGUCUCAAGGCUCCUCCUCUCAUCCCCCAGAAUCCUCGCCCUCUCCACCAAAACCUCUCUCUUCCACACCGCCACGACCCUCUCCUCCAAACCGUCUUUCACUUCACUCCCAUUCAGAUACCAUCACCGCUCAAAACCCCUCAAAUUCUCCACGGCCACCACCAAAUCCACAAUAUCCGCCACCAUCGCAGUCGGCGACAAGCUCCCGGAAUCCACGCUCUCCUACCUCGACUCCGACGGUGAGAUCCAGACCACAACCAUUUCUGACCUCACCAAGAACAAGAAAGCCAUCCUCUUCGCUGUUCCCGGCGCCUUCACCCCCACCUGCUCCCAGAAGCACCUCCCUGGAUUCGUCGAGAAGUCCAAGGAGCUCAAGGCCAAAGGGGUAGACACCAUCGCCUGUAUCUCGGUCAACGACGCCUUCGUCAUGAAGGCCUGGAAGGAGAACCUCAAGAUCAACGACGAGGUGCUCCUGCUGUCUGAUGGGAAUGGGGAUUUCACCAGGGCUAUUGGGUGCGAGCUCGAUUUGAGCGAUAAGCCCGUGGGGUUGGGUGUGAGGUCCAGAAGGUAUGCGCUCUUGGCCGAAGAUGGGGUUGUCAAGGUCUUGAAUUUGGAGGAGGGCGGUGCGUUUACAUUCAGUGGAGCUGAGGAUAUGCUCAAAGCUCUAUGAACUUGGUCAGCUUGUGACCUUUCCUUUGAAUUUCUUCGGUUUUGGGAUUUCCUUGUUCUUCGCUAGUUCGCUGGAUGUACAUCUCUUUUGCUGAAUCAUGGACUAUUUUUUGUCAAUAAAAUUAUGGAAAUGAACUUUAUUUUA